CCUUCCUGCCACCGUUCCAUCAUGUGGCAUCCAAUCUCGUGGACACCACGUGCCCAGUGGUCACCCAGACACUUCAAGCUGGUCACUGUCUAUGUGCUGGUGCUGUUGGUAUCACUCGGCUUUGCUUCAGGGCAGAGCAGGCCAUUUAAACACCAGAUAGACAAUAGAAGCCCCGAGAUUGAUCCUUUUUGGUACGUGGGGCGCGGUGUUCGCCCCAUUGGUCGGUUUGGGAAGAGGCAGCUGAGAAGCAGCCGCGGCAGCUUGAGGCCUCUGAGCAGACACCUGGAUUUCAUCUUGAACGCUCUGUGGGAGCAAGAAGUGUUGCGCGCAGAAGACAACGACUGGUGA